GUUGAGACAGAGGAGAAGAGGAUAAAAAGUGGCUAGGAGAGAGACCCUUCACCCUUCUGCGUAAAGAAAAGGAAAGAGACGCGUUUUGUCAACUUUCCAAAUAACAGCCUUAAGGAAAGUACUGGGACUUGAUCAAGGCGGAAAACUCAUAUGUCUGAACUGUUUUACCUUGGAUGUAUAAGAGUGCGGGAGUUUUUUCUGAUCUGAGCCCCCUCGGAAAUGAGCCACACAGUGGAUGUGAAGGAAGGUGACGGAACGUGAUUUAAGAGGAAGAAUGAUAUCUGCAGGAAUCCCAUCUCCUUUCUGAGUGUAUUACUUUCUUUUAGCCGGGUUGUUCAGCUUUAAUCUUUUUAAAGCCCCUUUCAAAUUAUCUAAUUUGCAUCCACCCAGCAUACCUCAGUUUGUUUAACAUACUCAUUCAAUCAAAUUAAAUCUAGCUUCAGCUGUAAUGGCAUGUAACUAAUUUUAAACCAGUUUUAAACUCAAUUACCCUUUUUUCUGAUCGUAUUUGAUACAACUGACUCUUGAACAUGGCCAUCAACACGGACACCGACUUCCUGAAGUCCAACAUAAGUGAGGGUGGAGGAGGCACGCAGCCUCAGGACCCCUACGAGACUGAGAAACUCCUGGCGUUGACCACCGAGCCCGGGGGCAAUGGGAUGAAGAUGUCCACCUCUUUCACCGUCAACAUGGACACUGACAAGGGCCAAGAGGCCGACCAGAACGGCCACAGUGUCUCGGUGAGGUCGGGCUCCGCCGGGCACCUGGGCGCCGCCGUCCCUCUCUCCCCGUCUAAGGCCAGCCUGAGCCGCUCCUCCACCGGGAACGCUACCGUUCAGGAGACCCCGAAGCCCAAGGAUUACCUCAUUCUCGUUAUCUUGUCCUGCUUCUGUCCCGUGUGGCCCCUCAGCAUUGUGGCACUGGUGUACUCCAUCAUGUCCAGAAACAGUAUGCAGGUGGGGGAUGUCGACGGUGCCAGGAGGCUGGGCCGACUCGCCCGUCUGCUCAGUAUCGUCUCCAUCGUCCUUGGUGUCGUCGUCAUCGUGGUUUACGUUUCAGUUUCAGUAAGCAAGAACUGAGGGGAAAAUUUACCGUGAAAGUCGAACCACGGAUGCAACAAAAGGGGAAAAGUCCGUUCCAACAGAAGAAAAAAAACACGAAAUCCAAUUCUAUACUCCAUGCCAUAUUGUAAUUACACCAUGACCAAAUUCAGAAAGCAACAAAAAAAAAUGGUCAACUAACAAAAGCAGGUAAUGCAACAAGUUAAUAAAUAAAUACAUUUAGAGAAAAAUCCAGAGAUGCAUGCAUUAGAAUCCAGUAACAAUUGCUUGACAAAAAUAACAAGAAACCUGAAGUAACAAGGUUCAGGUUGGAACAGAGGAAACAGAAAAUGAAGAUUGAAUGCGGCCAGCAGCACUCAUAAAUGUUUCUCUUUGGAGAGAUGGACUUCCUGAAAUGAAGAGGACGAUCUAUGCUUGAGAGAGGGUGAACGAGAAACGUCUGUGUGCUCCUUUGAAAAACAGAUUCUGGGUUUGGGCUUCGACCGUUUGACAGCUGCAUAUAAUCCACAUAUAUUCCUUACUGAACCUCCCGCAUUCAAAGCAUAUACAGCAACAAAAAUAUUUAAACUAUUGAUAUAUAUAAACAUAUAUAUCUCUCUAUAUAUAGAGAGAGAUAUAUAUAUAGAGAGAUAUAUAGAUAUAGAUAUAUAUAUAUACAAUAGAUGUACAUUUUAUAAAAAUGUUUGUAUGCCAAGUGGUGCUGGGUUUGUUAAGACUGUUACGAUGGCUGCUUUGUUAGCCCUAUUAUCAGUAGAGUUUCAAGGGUUUCUGAAAAGGGGCAGGGAACACAUUUUUAUUUUUGUUAUUUAUUAUAAUUUUUUCAACAAAAAACAAAGUUGAGACCAACUGCAUGCCUGAAUGUAGAUAACCAAUAUUCUGCCUUCGUUUUGACUGUUAUUAGUUACCUCUUUUCUUUUGAAGGAGUCAGAGAGGUUUGCACAUGGAAGAGUGUUUGUGUACAUUAUGUGAAUCCAGCCACUGUGGAGUGUGUGAUGACCCCUCGCCCCUUUGUGUCUCCAAAAUAUCUUGAACCUUGCCCUGCUCUGGCAGAGACUGAAACGCAUGCCAAAUCCUUCAUUUCCUUUUACAUCGUCCUAACUUCACCACAAAACCUGAUAAAGUGGCUUCUGUUCUGUCUCAUCUUGUUCCCUUAAACGCUAUUUUAGAUGUAUCUCGUUCUACCUUUCUACAUUAUAUUUCCUCAUUUUCAGUGCUUACAUUGUUAUACAUUGACUCUCAAAUGCCACUGAAUGUUUUUUCUGCUUCUUGUAUUGUUAUGAAAUGUAUUUAUAUGGGAAAUAUAUAUGCAAUAUGUACGCAUGCUAUGGGCCAAACAGGCUUACACAUUAAUUUUUUUGUAAAUGAACAGGCCUAAGAGUUUGACUGCGUAACAACAACUAGCAUUUAAAGAACCUGUCUUUGAAACCCGAGCACGACAGAUUGUCUGUAUUUGUCACUUUAUCAGAAAGAAGUCACUGCAUUUAGUCCCAUGUGGCUCCUCAGGACUGUUGUAUUGACACAUUACAGGCUUAUGCUACUAGAACAGGGAACAUCACUGUAAGACCAUGUAGCAUUAUAUGAAUCCACAGCGUUCCUUUGGGCAUUAAUGCUUACUUUUUUAGUGUGUGUAAUUUAAAUCAGGAAACAUUUGGGAAACGUUUCUUUAAAGUGAUACAAUGUGGUUUUUUAAGGGCUCUAACAGGUGAAAAUCCAGCUGAUUUCAACUGAUGAGCGAUUUUACCAAGUAAUAAAAAUAGAUAGCACAAUGUUUUGUGUGAAAUGGGCUUCAACAAAAUUUCAUUUCAAUUCAUAGUUGUACAUAUAAAAUCCCACAAAACAUCUUAAAACAGCAAAAUCCAAAGAUUCCCCAUGUUAGCCACCAAACUAAAAACAUGAAACAUUAAAUUGUUGUCUAAAUGGCAACAUGCGUGUUGUUUACUGCUCUCGGUUUACUCUCUAAUAUAAAACAUCAGCGCUGGUGUUUAAGGGCCAAGUGUCUAGCCAAUAAGCUCUGCUCUGUCAGUAAAACAGUUCAAACCUUCCUUUCAUUCAGAUGUAUUACUGUGUUUCUUUUCCAGUAUACUGAAUGUGCCAGUCUUCAUCUCUGUGGUGUAUAUUUUGCA